UCAACGGUAAAGUGUUCGUUCGAGAGGAUCAGUUUUCUGUGCUGUGCUCUGUGCUGCCGCCUAGUGGAUGUUUUUAUAAAUAGAAUUUGAUAGUUCUAAAUGAGCUGUUAGUUGGACUAGGCUUUUUGCUUUUAUGUUCUAGUUCAGUAGUAAAACAAAAUGAGUGCGGAAAAUAAAUCAGUGGAAGCUAAUGGCCAUCUCAACGGGAACAGCGGCGGUCACACGGAGGACCUCAAGAUAGCGAUAAUCGGCCAGAGCAACUUCGCCGCCGAGGUGCUGGAAGUGCUGCUCGAGCAUCACCACAUUGUUGUUGGUGUUUUCACGAUUGCCGACAAAGGAAACCGGGAGGACAUUUUAGCGACUACCGCUCAACAGUAUGGUAUUCCGGUGUAUAAGUUUUCCGCCUGGCGGCGAAAAGGGGCACCGAUUCCGGAGGUGCUGGAAAAGUACAAAUCAGUUGGAGCGACUCUCAAUGUGCUGCCCUUCUGCAGCCAGUUUAUCCCCAUGGAGGUUAUAGACGGUGCCAAGUUUGGAAGCAUUUGUUAUCAUCCGUCGAUCUUACCGCGACAUCGUGGAGCUAGUGCUAUUUCGUGGACGUUGAUCGAGGGUGACAAUACGGCCGGGUUUUCUAUUUUCUGGGCUGAUGACGGUUUAGACACGGGACCGAUUCUCCUGCAGAGACAAUGUGCAGUCGAAGGUGAUGAUACACUGGAUUCGCUGUACAAACGGUUUCUCUAUCCGGAGGGUGUGACGGCUAUGGCGGAAGCUGUCGAUAUGAUUGCGGAAGGAACCGCUCCAAAGAUACCACAAACCGAAAUCGGUGCAAGCUACGAUCCUGCGUUGUUCCGAGAGGAAAAUCAGUACAUUAAUCUGAAUCAGUCAGCGGAGCGAAUAUUCAAUUUUAUUCGCGGUUUAGAUUCCGUACCUGGGGCUAUAGCUUUAAUUGAGGAAGAAGACGGAAGUAAAAGUCCUGUUCGCUUGUUUGGAGCAUCGCUGUGUGGUCCAGUGGCCCUGGAUAGGGCCAAGAUGAUUCGAUUUCAAGGUGCUGGCAGUCCAGCUUUUGUAGAUCGUGAUGGUAUCUUUCUCACCGGAAGCGAUGGACGGUUGGUAAAGGUCAAGCGUUUGAAGAAAGGAAAUAAAAUGAUUCAGGCUAGCCAGUGGUUUACACAGGCCGGUAAAAAAAUUGUCCCCUUGGAACUAAGUGAACACGAACUGGAGAUGGAGAAUGUGGUUAGAAACAUUUGGAAGGCUAUUCUGAAGGUAGAAAUCGAGGCCGACACUGACUUUUUCGCUUGUGGUGCUGGUUCAAUGGAUGUGGUUCGAUUGGUAGAAGAGGUUAAGGAUGCACUGGAAGUUCCGCUGGAAAAUGAAAAUGUCUUUAUGGCUCCUAAUUUCGCGGAGUUCAUUCAUGAGGUGAUCACUCGAACUCGAAGCGGUUCAACUGCAGCAUCUACUGGUCCUGUAUUUGACGCAGUAGUACUACGAGAGAACAAAAAAGUUAUUUCAGUUCCAACUCAAAUGUUCGUUAAUGGACAAUUUAUUGACGCUGAAAAUAGGAAAACUUUGGAUAUAGUGAAUCCAACCACGGAGGAGGUUAUCUGCAAAGUAGCGGACGCGUCUAAAGCGGACGUGGAUUAUGCAGUAGGCAGUGCUUACGAAGCCUUUAAAGGUUCUUGGAAUCAGGUUUCGGCUAGAGAAAGGGGCCAGCUUAUGUACAAACUAGCGGACCUCAUGGAACAGCACAAGGAAGAACUGGCGACCAUCGAGGCGGUAGAUUCGGGAGCAGUUUACACACUAGCACUGAAAACUCAUGUCGGAAUGUCGAUUGAUGCUUGGCGAUACUAUGCCGGAUGGACAGACAAAAUCGAAGGAUCUACUAUUCCAGUGAAUCCAGCAAAACCGAAUCAUGUCCUCACCAUUACCAAGCGUGAACCGCUGGGAGUUUGUGGAUUGAUCACCCCGUGGAACUAUCCAUUGAUGAUGUUAUCAUGGAAGAUGGCCGCUUGUAUAGCAGCAGGGAACACUGUAGUUAUUAAACCUGCUCAAGUUUGCCCACUUACGGCGCUGAAGUUUGCUGAGCUAACCGUGAAAGCUGGCUUUCCUCCAGGAGUAAUUAAUGUCGUUACGGGAAGUGGAUCCAUUGCAGGUCAAGCAAUAUGUGAACAUCCACUAAUACGAAAGCUUGGUUUCACUGGGUCGACACCCAUUGGAAAGCAAAUCAUGGCAUCCUGCGCGCAAUCUAACCUGAAAAAAUGCUCAUUAGAACUAGGUGGCAAGAGUCCCUUGAUUAUCUUUGCUGACUGUGACCUGGACAAAGCUGUUCGGUUAGGAAUGUCAUCGGUUUUCUUCAACAAGGGAGAAAAUUGUAUCGCAGCUGGGCGAUUGUUCGUUGAGGACAAGAUCCAUGAUGAGUUCGUACGAAGAGUUGUGAAGAAUAUUAAGACAAUGGCCAUCGGUGAUCCGCUGAAUCGAGCAACGGCCCAUGGACCUCAGAAUCACAAGGCCCACUUGGAUAAACUGAUCGAGUACUGCGAGAUAGGUGUGAAGGAAGGAGCAAAGCUAGUAAUCGGUGGUCGACGUGUGCCAAACAGGAAAGGAUUUUUCUUCGAACCAACGGUUUUCACCGAAGUAGACGAUGGAAUGUUCAUUGCCCAGGAGGAAUCUUUUGGUCCGGUCAUGGUGAUUUCCAAAUUUCACAGCAGUGACUUCGACGCGCUUGUACAACGCGCUAAUAACACUGAGUACGGAUUAGCCAGUGGAGUUUUUACCAAAGACGUACAAAAGGCUCUGUUGUUCGCGGAAAAGGUGGAAGCAGGAACAGUAUUUGUAAACACCUACAACAAAACCGACGUAGCUGCCCCUUUCGGAGGUUUCAAACAAAGUGGGUUUGGAAAGGAUCUAGGAAAAGACGCCUUGAAUGAAUACCUCAAAACUAAAUGCGUGACUAUCGAGUACUGAUCGGAAUGCAUCCACACCAUCGAGACUGCAAAACCAAAUAAAACAUCUUUUUAACUAGUGUAUGUAAGACUCAAAUGUGCAUUUAUUAAAUGUAGACGCUACUUACUACAGAAAAAGAAAUUACAAGUUACAAAUUAUCACCAUUGA